AGAGAGGAGAGAGUGGAGGUGAGUUAACUCGUAACUGAGUCGGGUCAGCGACACCAAGAAAAAAGGUGCCGAAUCCAACAAACCCAAAUCACACUCACGCUCACAGGGGCUUUUUGAAGAGGGUUGGGGUGGGUUGGUUGGGGACUAAGCGAAAAAUGGAGAAGAUUUUAGAGAGGAGUCUUCUUUGCCCGGUUUACUACCACUAUUAUUCUUAUGCUUAUUGCCUGCUGGUCAUCAUCAUCAUAGGAGGAGGAGGAGGACUUGACUUGUUAUUUGUACUAGUACUAUUAACCAGAGACCCUAUCUCCUUCCUUUUCACAUCUCAAACCCUAAUCACAACCAACAACAAACACGCCACCCCAAUUCCCUCGCUUUUUUCUGCUCUCUUUCCUUCUUCAUACCCCCCCCCCCAACAAAACCAACCCACCAUUCUACCUUCUCUAUGUUGUCCUCUUCUUUAUCCUUCUCCAUUUUAUUUCUUUUCUUCGCCUUCUCUUUCGACUGUCCGUUCUGCUAAGGUACACCAGGUUUAAGAGUUCCUGUAAGAUCUACUCCAGAACUUAGUGGCCUUUGUAGCCUAAGCAUUUAAGGUUCAUUCUGUGUGAUGGAGGAUCUUGGAGGUUCUCGAUUUGAUGGUCUUGGAAUUGCAGUGAGAAAGAAGAGGAGCCAAACUUCACGCCGGCCUAGACCUGAACCACACCUAUUCUGUGAAAACCAUGACCCAUCAUCCUUGUCAUCCAUUCCCAUUUCAGAUGAUGCAGGCAAGGUCUCCAGUGAUGACAAUGCUGGAGAUGCCGAUUCUAGAGGGAAAAUUUUUAACCUUAAUCAGUGCAUGUCAAGAGGUCCUUCUACUUCCAAAGAUGACGUCGAUAAUAUGUAUAAAAAGAUAAAGGAGGAUGAGGGGGGAUCUGAUGCACUACAUACUAUUGGAGGUGUUGGAGAUGGCACUGACUAUGGGCAGGCUGUUGCUCGUGGAUGUCUAGGAUUGAGUGGGGAUGGUAUAGGAAACGAGAACAAGCUGAAAAAGGUUAAACUGAAGGUUGGUGGAGUCACACGUACAAUUCAAGCCAAAUCCACGCCCAAUGGCAUCUUAAAUAAUGGAAUUUCUGCAAAGCCUGCUCGAUCUUUGGAUCCGCGGGCACGACAGAGGCUGAUUCUUCAGGACGGUGCAGACCAUCCCCCCUUGGAUCAGAAAAGUGGUUUACCAGGGGUCCCAUCGAAGGAUUUCCCAAGAGGCAGACUUAGUCUUGGGAAGAUGGUCGCGAAGAAUGGCAUUGAAAAGCCAGGUGAGAAGCCAGAUCCUGUUCGUAAGAGUAGGAGGGUCCCAAAGAAACGUGUUUUGGAUGGGGCAUUUGAUGAAGAUGAGGAUGAUGAUGAGCUCCGAUAUCUGGAGAAGAUAAGAAUUCCAAAGGUAGCAGGUCAUAGGGAUUUUGAUGCGGAAUCAACAAAGAAACAGAGAAACCUUUUGAGGGUUUCUAAAGGUGAAAAAUAUGAAAUUCUGGAUGAGGUUGGAAACUCUAGCAAAGAUGGCAAGAGGUCUAGAUCUGACCGAGGUUCAGAGGAUACAGAUUAUGAGGAGGAAAUGCUGUCUGAUGUUGAGCCUGAAGCAAAGAAGAGGAAGCAAAGAAAGGAUUCAUUUGAUUCCCCACCAGAAAGCAAGAGGGAAAUUACACUAACUACACGCCAGAGAGCCCUUUUGUCGAGCAAGGACACAUCUACUACUUUUGGUGCAAGUCAAAUCGAGUUCCCAAAUGGUCUACCACCACCCCCACCUCGAAAGCAAAAAGAGAAACUGACAGAGGUAGAGCAGCAAGUGAAGAAAGCAGAGGCUGCUCAGAGACGAAGAAUGCAAAAUGAGAAGGCAGCUAGGGAAUCAGAGGCUGAGGCAAUCAGAAAAAUACUUGGUCAAGAUUCUAGUAGGAAGAAGCGAGAGGAUAAAAUGAAGAAGCGUCAAGAGGAGCUGGCUCAGGAAAAGGCUGCCAAUGCUCAGAUGCUCGCAUCAAAGACCAUUAGAUGGUCGAUGGGCCCUGCAGGGACUGUUAUCACUUUCCCACAUGAAAUGGGUUUGCCUAAAAUAUUUGACCCAAAACCUAGCAGAUAUCCACCACCACGUGAAAAAUGUGCUGGCCCUUCUUGUACCAACGCGUACAAGUAUCGGGAUUCUAGGACAAAGCUGCCUCUUUGCAGUCUCCAGUGUUACAAGGCAAUUAAUACAGAGAUACAGGCGAAAACAGCCUGCCAGAAUUGAUGCAGUCUUGUGUUCAGCAUUUCAUGCAGAUAUUCAUGCACAGCGAUUGUUCGAUGUGCGAGAGAUUGAUGCAAUUGCAUUUCAUCGCAGAAUUGUUAAUAUGUAAACAGUACCAGUGGUUGUAUACAGCUCCACAUGAUUGCAGUGUUGGUUGCAUGGCAGGUGCUGGAUGGGGAUCUCGUACCCGGUGGAAAAAAUCGUGCCAUCGUAACUGUUAAUCCUAAACUUGGUUCGAGUAUCUAUUCCGGGCAGUUGAGCGGAUGAAACUGUAUAGGAGUUUCCUAGUGUGGUGUGUAAAAGUUGAUACAAUGUACUCUUUUUCUGCCUAGCAAGGCACUCAGUAGUCAGGAGUGUGAGGUGUAGAAGAGGGUCUUGUGAUUCUUUGGGUCAUACUGCAAAUGUUGUGACCAGCUCGCCAAUCAUGUCUUGUUUCAUGGCAAUCGGACCUUGACUGAGAUGCAAAUUAAACCCAAGUCGCCAAGCAUGCUUGUGGAGUAGUAAUUUGGCCCCUGUUUUUGGCAUAUAAAUGCUAGGCAUUUUGACGUGUAGAUUUUGUUCAAUGGUGUACCCUUUUUUGACAUUUAGAAACUCUUUUUAACACAAAAGCUGAGUUGCAUGUGGAGUGUUAAUGUGACGCUUAUGUUUAUGUA